CUUCGGCUCUGCGGUUCCAGCUUGUGCGCGUCGUGAAAUAGACCUGUAAUUAAUACAGAUCUGAAAUCACUACCAGUAUUUGUUGCAAUUAAACAGAUUCAGGAGUCUGCCAUUUGACACACCCUCCUACGCUGCAAAUGCAGGCCAUUAAAUGCGUGGUUGUCGGCGAUGGCGCCGUGGGAAAGACCUGUCUGCUCAUCAGUUACACAACCAACGCCUUCCCUGGAGAGUACAUCCCUACAGUGUUUGAUAACUACUCUGCGAAUGUGAUGGUGGAUGGGAAGCCCGUGAACCUGGGCCUGUGGGAUACUGCGGGACAGGAGGACUACGACCGCCUCAGACCCCUGUCCUAUCCACAAACGGAUGUGUUCUUGAUAUGCUUCUCACUGGUCAGCCCCGCCUCCUUCGAGAACGUCAGAGCUAAGUGGUACCCAGAAGUCCGACACCACUGUCCCAACACCCCCAUCAUCCUGGUGGGCACCAAGCUGGACCUCAGGGAUGACAAGGACACCAUCGAGCGCCUGCGGGACAAAAAGCUGGCCCCCAUCACGUACCCCCAGGGCCUGGCCAUGGCACGGGAGAUCGGUGCCGUGAAGUACCUGGAGUGUUCGGCGCUGACCCAGCGCGGCCUGAAGACCGUGUUCGACGAGGCGAUCCGCGCCGUCCUCUGUCCCCCACCCAUCAAGAAGCGCGGCAAGAAGUGCACCGUCGUCUGAGCAGCCGCAGGGGGCGCCGUCUCGUCAGGAAACAUGGCACGUGAAGGGUGGGGAACUGUUGCCACUGCUCCAGCAACACAACAAGAGUCACUGAAUGUUUUCUGAGAGAAAUAUAAUCAAGCCAUUUAUAUACAGUACUCCUGCAAUGGGGAGGGGGGGAGGGGAUUUGGGUUCAGAGUUUGACAGAGAGAAGAGGGGAUUGAUAUACAUCGGUAAAAUUACACCCGCCUGCUUUUAAACAGCGUCAGAGGAACUCUGUCCGAAUUUGCCUUAAUCAAUCAGAAAAAAAGGUGUCAUCACUAGAGAGGAAGCAAUGGCAGAAAAAGGAAAUGAAUAUUGACUAAAACACAACUGAACGGAAUAAAUACACCAUUUUAUAUCAUGUCCUCAUAUACUUUUUUUUCCUUCACAACUUCUAAAAUGGGAAUUGCAGAUAAAAGCACGAGAAGCACCAAGCACAGAGCCCUCACACCUUCAUGCCAUUCAUAAAUGUAUAACACAACAGAGCUUAAGUUGGUGGUUUUGGUGGCCAGCCAUUUUGCCAGUGUUUUAUUUUUCUUGUCUUGGGGUUUGUGAACGUUUGAGCCGAUGUGACAGUGUUAAUGUCUUUUGUGAGGUUCUGUGGGUCAGCACUGUAGGGCAGAAGAAAGGGAGACAGUGUGCUGGUAUGGACGGUACAAUCACCUGAUUAGAAGUAACUUUAGCUGUCAUCCUGCAAGACGAAGGUCAGUUGGAAUCUCUUGCACGGUUUGUCAUGUAAUAUCACGUCACAGUAACUGCUUGUGGUUCUACGGUGCCAUUAACCACAAACAACAAAAGUAACAGUAAUAAUUAUUAGAAUGAUUUUUCCAAAUGAGACAAGAAUGAACAUGUUUCUGUUGUUUUUUUUAUUUUGUGUUUUUGCCUUCUUUUAUAUUUUGGGAUAGAAAAACUCGAUCCCUCUGCACCAAUGCAAAGGACAGUUUCUCCCUGGCCUUUUCACAAACUAUGAAUGAAACCUGACUAUUUCUACACUUACAUUUGUUCAUUUGGCAGACGCUUUUAUCCAAAGCGACUUACAAGUGAGGCAGAGUACAACACAAGCAAAAAGCCAUAAGGAGUCAACGAUAUAAGAAGCACUGCAUGACCAGGCUCCAAUGGUUAGCUCUGUUAAGGAGAUCGAGACCCGUUUGUGCAGCUUAAGUUGUUCUAACAGUUUCCUCUCUGCUGUGGUCUGUCUGUCUUUCUAAACAUUUCCUGAUGGAUAGCCAUUCACCACCAAGAAUCAGUGUGUCUGCAUUAAGGUCUUUGUCCCUUCUCAAAAUAUACUAGUCUACUUCAGGAUUAUGGCUUGUGAAAGUGAAUGGGAAAACAGCCUUUAGUAUACCUGUACAAUGCGCUGCUGAAAUCCUCCAUCCUGUCUUGCCCUGCAUGCUGUUAGUAUAGGCCAUGUUUACUGCUACAAAGUCUUUGAUCCUCAUGGGAGGAGAUCUACAGGACAACAAUGUGCCAUUGUGACUCAGUACUUGGGGGACUAGCAUGCCAAAUUUCCAAACCACAGAACCCUACUGCCUGAACAGCCUUGUAUUGAAACUCUAGGUUCAUCUGGGGGUCCAGUCUUAACUUCCUUAUGGUGACUUAAAUGUGUGUGUUUUCUCUUUGUCUUAGUUGCCAAGAGUGCAUCUUGUGUGGAUGGGUGCAUGCAACAUACGUAUGUGUGAGUGUGUAUGUACGUGCACAUGUGUGUAUGUGUGAGACUUUUGGGUACUCCUGGAACCAGCAUUCUGUUGUUGUGUAUGUGAUAACUUUUCAAAAGGAAAAGA